UGUUAAAUUGACCACACCCUCGCAUUUCCGGCAAAGAAGCGCCAUCCAGAGCUGAUCCAGAACUUUCGCAAACAUCGAAAAGAUAAGUUUCACUUUGCUGACGAGUAAACUGAGGAGAGCUGGACAGGGCGGGAACAGUCGAGGAAGGAGAGGAGAGAGGUGAAGACAUGCUGGUUCCUGUCGAAUAUAAGGGGGAUUCUGCAGGAGUUGAAGUGGAUUCUGACAUCUUUGAUGAGCUUCUGAAGUCAUCUCAGGUGUCCUUCAAGGCCUUCACUGAAGAUUGCAAUGAUUCUUCAGAGGGCUCAUCCUUAACUGAUUGGUCACCAUCACGUGCAUCCCAUGGGUCAUCUCCAAGCUCAGACUCAACAAUUAUACUAGAAUCCACCAAAGCUCGAAGAAAACGGCUGAUUGAAGGACCCCCUGACAGCAGCAGUGCUCGCGAUAUUGUCAAUGCAGCCCUGCAUUCAAAGCCGGACGGUGACCAAAUAAUCAAAGAAUACGAGAAAACAAAGAGUCUGUCGGAUGGUACAAGAAGAAGGAUGAUCAACAUGCUUGUGGCUGACAUGGUAGAGAGCCAUGGGAGGAUCCCUCCAGUAAAUAUCCGCAGUACGUAUGCACUUGGCAUUACAACCUUGUUCCCAAAUUUGAAGGACCCGGAUUCAAAGAAUGGUUAUGAGCAUUUCUAUGAUCACCAGAGUGGUUCUGGUUACCUGGCAUGGAGGCUGAAGACUGUGCAGCGCAACUCUGCACAAGAGAUCAAGAAAUCCAGGUCCAGCUUUCAGGAUGGCCCUAAGACUCAUCGCAGCAUGCAUUCACCUGUGAGGCAGUUGUCAGGUGACGAAUGCAAUGAAGCUAUAUCAGUGAUGAGGCACUCAAGUGACACAACCCUCGUCCAAGACAAAAUGAGGGCAACAUUUCAGAAAAGACAAAAGGUUGUUCAAGACCCAGCAACAGCUUCCACUGUCCUAGACCUUUUUCCGAGAUUCCUGGACACACCAGGCUUGAUCGACCAAGACUUCAAUAUGCUCUUUGGUGAUGAAGUGACUGGUAAAUUCCUCGCUAAAUGGCCAACAUUCUUCAAACCGAGGAUCAUUGCGGAGUGCAAAAAUCUUCCUCAAAGUGUGCACGUGGAUGACCUCCUUUUGUCUGCCCAACAGGAAUCUGAUGAUGGUGUAUGGGACUGUGAGGUUGCCGCCAUCUGCUUGUUGCUUCACCUGUUGCCGCCAACAUCCAAGGGCAAGAAGUCUGCAAAGAUCAGCGCAACAGAUGCUGCUGUCCGCCUGGUGAAGUUCCUUAAGGUGGGGAGAAGCAUGGAGACCUUCCUGAAGGAAACUGGCCCUGCUCAGCCCUUUCUCCUGUGUGUUGGAGAACGAAAAAACAGCAUCCAGAAUUUCUACAUCAUCCUGGACCAAAAGGCCAUUCCCUCCAAGACACAGACUGGAGUUGCUGCCUUUGACGAGCUCUUCAAGGCACAUUUUGCUUUUGCUGUGUCCUACGAUGAGGCGCUGUGCAACUUCUACACCUUCAUCCAGACAACCGUGUAUGGCAUUGACGUUGGCAGUGUGAAGGAGAGUCCUCGGGUGAAGGAAAUUCGAGCAAGAUUUCUUCACAGUUCAUUUGGAAGAGGAACUAAUUUCUGACUUGAAAUGUUCACAUGUUACAUUUGCAAGGUACAGCACAGAAAUGGUUCAUUGUUAUGUCGACAUUUGAAGUUUCAGCAUGGAUUGUACCCAGGAAGGUCUUUGCGUUUGCAUUGUGGAGAGGCUGGUUGUUCAUUUGUUUUUUGCACAUACUUUGGUUACCAGCGGCACUUAUCUCGAGCACAUAAGGAUGGUGGUGAUUCAGAUUCCGUCAGUGAUGUUGAGUUUGGUCCUGCAACUAAUGUUGGAGCUUCUGUUUCACAACAACUUAAUGUAGAUCCUCCUGCGACUGUCACACACAUUCCAAUGGAUAACACGAAAAUACUAGACAUGUGCAGCUCUGUUAUUGCUCAACUGCAAGCCUCAGGAGUUCCUGAAAGUACGGUGCAGUGUUUAGUUGGUUCAAUGGAGGAACUGGUCGAUGACAUCCAUGCCCAUGCAAAAGAAACUGUUGUUGAAAGUUUGUCAUCUGAAGCAUCCGGAGAAACAUUAGAAAAAGUUCAGGACUGUUUUGGUCAACUUGAAAAUCCAUUUUCAUCUCUUAACACAGAAUCUAAACGAAAGAAGCACUUAGAAGAAAAAUGGAAAAUAGUGGAACCAGUGGAGUAUAUUCUUGGUGUGCGUUUUGAUACACGCAGAGAUAGAACAACAGGAACAUACAGGCAAGUUCCUGUAAACGACAAGUUCAUGUAUGUACCAAUCAUGGGGUCUCUGUCAUCUAUGUUUAGGAACAGUGAACUUUGUAACAGUUUCCAAAAAACUAAACCACACCAGGAGGGUUUUUACAGAGAUGUAAAUGAUGGCUCCUACUUCAGGAACCACAUUUUAUUCUCACAACAAGAACAUGCUUUGCAGAUACAGCUCUACUACGAUGAUUUUGAAACUGCUAAUCCAUUAGGCUCAAAAAAGGGAAUUCACAAACUUGGCUGCAUUUAUUUUAUUUUGAGAAAUCUGUCCCCGAAGCUUAAUUCUGUGUUGAUGAACAUACAUCUUGUUGCCCUCUUUCACUCAGAGGAUUUAAAGAAAUAUGGGUUUGAUCCCAUUCUAAAGCCACUUCUCAAUGAUUUAAAGAUGUUAGAGGCUGAAGGAAUGCAGGUGCCCUUUCAACCCACACCUUUGAAAGGUUCAGUUUUUCAGGUUACAGGUGACAACUUGGCUAUACACAGCCUUUUUGGUUUGGUCGAAUCGUUUAGUGCAAAGUACUGUUGUCGCUUUUGUUUAACUGAAAAGGGAGAGAUGCAAUCAGUUUUCAGUGAAGAUCAUCCAGGUUUAACUCUACGUUCUAAAGCCCUUCAUUCAGAACACUGUGCUGCCGUACAACAAAAUCCAGCUUUGGCCUCAACAUUUGGUGUGAAAAAAGCAUGUCCUCUCAAUUCCCUCAAGCUGUUCCAUACUUCAGACAACUACGCUGUAGAUAUAAUGCAUGAUCUACUGGAAGGAGUGGUGCAGUACGAGUUGAAGCUUGUGUUUCAGUACUUGAUAAAGAACUCGAUAUCUGUAAGCUCAUUGUCAGAAAGAAUCAUGAGCUUUAACUAUGGAUUUACACAGAGAAAAAACAGGCCAAGUGGGGUAAAAUUGGACGAUGAUAGCAACAAUCUUGGCCUUAGUGCUGUUCAGUCAUGGUGCCUCUUGCGCAAUACCCCAUUGAUGUUUGGAGAUUUAGUUGGGAGGAAUGAUAGCUGCUGGAACUUGCUGCUCCUCUUAAUACAAAUCGUCAACAUUGUCUUUUCACCUAUUGUAACCCAUGGUAUGACUUGCUAUUUGAAACAUCUGAUUUUCGAUCAUCACAAGCUUUUUAAAUCUGUGUUUC